AUGCUCCGCGGCCAGACCCUCCCCUGGAGAGCUGCGCUCCACCAAACACCUCGUCCUUUGCUCCGUCGAACGAUUCUCUCCAUCCCAAGGAACAAUGCGACUCUCCGGUCAUCGCCAUUCUUGAACCGGGCUGGCCGAUCUCCUCUCUCCGCUCCCCGCACGUUCUCCUCAAGCUCAAUUGUCCGGAGAGAGAAGCCUCCAUCAAACGACCCUAAGGACGAUCUCGACCAGAAAACGGAGGAUGAGCCGAAUAAGGAAUCUCGGGAUGCUAAGGAUGCCGAUAAAAGCCCUGAGUCACGGAAGAAGUCGACAGACCAGACAGGUUCCGCACGGAAAAAGGACCGAACGGCCAAUGACAAGGAACAACGUGGGUUAGAGGAAGAUGCUAAGAAGGAAGCCAAUGCAUCGGAUGGCAAGGACUCUAAGCCCAGUUCUGCAAGCGGUGGUGGUUCUGGAAAUGACGACGGUGGAAAGAAAGGAAAGAAGGGCUCUGGAGACAAGGCUCUACAGAAACCCGCGGUUCCAGAUGUAUACCCUCAAGUUAUGGCGAUUCCAAUUGCCAAGCGUCCCUUGUUCCCCGGUUUUUACAAGGCAAUCACUAUCCGAGACCCGAACGUUGCCGCUGCUAUUCAAGAUAUGAUGAAGCGCGGUCAACCUUAUGUGGGUGCCUUUUUGUUCAAGGAUGAUAAUGCGGAUGGCGAUGUUAUUGAGAACAUGGAUGACGUUUAUGAGACCGGUGUGUUUGCCCAGAUUACUGCAGCGUAUCCACUCCGUGGAGAGGCUUCUGGUGUGACGGCUGUGCUAUAUCCCCAUCGACGUAUCAAAAUCUCAGAAUUGCUCCCACCUACAACUCCGAAGAAAGAAAGCGAAACACCGGAGAAUGAAACUGAGAAGAAGGGCGAUGUUGUGGCUAGUUUUGAGGAAGGGGCCCCGGAAAAUUCGCCCAAGUAUCACUACGAGCCCACUUCUUUCCUCCGGAAGUACCCCGUCAGUCUUGUUAACGUCGAGAAUCUUGCGGAGGAGCCAUUUGAUAAGAAGAGCCCGAUUAUUCGCGCAGUCACCAGUGAGAUCGUGAAUGUGUGCAAGGAGAUUGCCACCUUGAACCCUUUGUUCCGCGACCAGAUCUCAGCCUUCUACACCGACCAGUUUCCUGGAAACUUGAGUGACGAGCCCGCUAAACUCGCAGAUUUUGCUGCCGCGGUUUCAGCGGGUGAGCUCAAGGAGAUGCAAGAAGUCCUCGAGACCAUGGACGUUGAAGAACGUCUUCCAAAGGCACUCGUUGUUCUGAAGAAGGAGUUGAUGAACGCUCAGCUACAGUCUAAGAUCACCAAAGACGUUGAGGCUAAGAUCCAAAAGCGCCAACGUGAGUAUUGGCUCAUGGAGCAAAUGAAGGGAAUCAAACGUGAACUUGGUAUUGAGUCAGAUGGCAAGGAGAAGCUAGUAGAGAAGUUCAAGGAGAAGGCAGAGAAGCUGGCCAUGCCUGAGGCCGUUAAGAAGGUCUUCGAGGAGGAACUCAACAAAUUGGCCCACCUUGAACCUGCUGCAUCGGAGUUCAACGUUACUCGCAACUACUUGGACUGGCUGACUCAGAUCCCCUGGGGCCAGAAGAGCGUUGAGAACUUUGGAAUUAAGAAUGCAGUGACUGUUUUGGACGAGGAUCACUAUGGUUUGAAGGAUGUGAAGGACCGAAUCCUUGAAUUCAUUGCUGUCGGCAAACUGCGCGGAACCGUGGAAGGAAAGAUUCUCUGCUUCGUUGGUCCCCCGGGUGUUGGAAAGACUAGUAUUGGCAAGUCUAUUGCCCGUGCCCUGAACCGACAAUAUUACCGCUUCUCCGUGGGUGGUUUGACAGAUGUUGCCGAGAUCAAGGGUCACCGACGUACCUAUGUCGGUGCUCUUCCUGGCCGCAUCAUUCAAGCGCUGAAGAAGUGCGACCCUUCUUCUGCCUUGCUGGAACUGCUUGACCCUGAACAAAACUCCUCCUUCUUGGAUCACUACAUGGAUGUCCCAGUGGACCUAUCUAAGGUCCUUUUCGUCUGCACAGCCAACCUCACUGACACCAUUCCUCGGCCAUUGCUGGAUCGAAUGGAGCUCAUUGAGCUUUCCGGUUAUGUUGCAGACGAAAAGAUGGCGAUUGCUAAGCGCUACCUUGCGCCAGCCGCCAAGGAACUCACUGGUUUGGACAAUGUCAACGUCAACCUUCAGGAAGAGGCUAUUGAGGAGUUAAUCAAAUCAUACUGCCGGGAGAGUGGUGUUCGCAACCUGAAGAAGCAAAUUGAGAAGGUCUACCGCAAGGCAGCAUUCAAGAUUAUUCAGGACCUGGGCGAGGAGGCUCUCCCCGAGGAGGAUGCCCUCACUGAGGAAGGCAAGGUUGCCCAAGCAGAAGACAAGGAACAUGAGUCCUCUGACCCUGCCCAAGCGCCGAUCGAACCCGAGAAGUCUACUACUGAAACUCCUCGCCGGGGCCUUAAGGUUCCCGACGAAGUAACACUCGAUAUUGGCAAAGAAUCCUUGAAGGACUAUGUUGGACCUCCGGUAUUCACUGCCGAUCGCCUGUACGACCAGUUCCCUCCUGGUGUCACCAUGGGUCUCGCAUGGACCAGCAUGGGCGGAGCGGCGCUCUAUGUUGAGUGUAUCCUAGAAAGUGUUCUGAACCACCGGUCCCGGCCGGGACUUGAUAUUACCGGAAACUUGCAAAAUGUUAUGAAGGAGUCGACACACAUCGCUUACUCGUUUGCCAAAUCCCUCAUGGUUAAGCAAUUCCCCGAGAACGAAUUCUUCGAGAAGGCCAAGGUUCAUCUUCACUGCCCUGAAGGGGCUGUUCCCAAGGAUGGUCCCUCGGCUGGUAUCACAAUGGCCAGCUCGCUCCUUUCUCUCGCCCUGAACCACUCCCUCGACCCGACCGUGGCCAUGACUGGAGAGUUGACGGUGACCGGCAAGGUGAUGCGCAUUGGUGGACUGCGAGAGAAAACUGUUGCUGCUCGCCGGGCUGGUGCUAGCAAGAUUAUCUUCCCUGCGGACAACUUGUCUGACUGGUUGGAGUUGCCUGCGAACAUCAAGGAUGGUAUUGAGGGCCACCCCGUUUCUUGGUACUCCCAGGUCUUUGACAUUCUCUUCUCCGACUUGGAUCAUGAGGGUGCUCGCCAGAUCUGGCAGAAGGCACUGACCAAGCCGGAGGGCAAGAAGGCCGAGCACGAGGGUGAUGAGUGA